AUGGGGAAAAGGGACAACCGGGUGGUAAGAAUUGUUUUAAAAAAUGUAAUCAUUCAAUAGAGAGUAUAAAGCAAACCGUUAAUCCCACCCAAAUUGUGAAUAUUUCUCAUAGAAACCACCUACAAAGCUUCUUGACUUCUUUUAUUUUACUUCUCAGGCGCAUGUAAACCCUGUUGCAAUGGCGAGGGCAAGAGGACCGCCACCGUCUUCAGGACCAACGAUAAGAGAUUAUCUCAACAGAAAUAGGCCAACACUGUGAGUAAUAGUACCUUUGCUGUGUAGUUUUGAACGUCUACAAGCAUAGAAUGAAUGAUUUAGAAGCAGUCAUUAAGAAUAUACAUAUCCUCUAACCAACAUAACAGCUGGUUAUUGUUAUCUGGGCUGAGUUGUUCAAAGCUGGUUUAAGAUAACCCUGGGUUAGUGCGAGAUUUGAAUUCAGAUAUGAAAGCUUAUAAAACAUUUCAGUUUUAAUUCCUUUUGUCUACAAGUUUAUGAUUGGAAGCUCUAAAAAUAACAGAGAAAAUUAUGUGAGAAAAUGCUUUCUAACACAAGAAAAAGAAACCUGGGUUAAAUUUAAACCCCGGAUUAAGUGCUAAUCAAGAAAAAAUGUCCAGCUGUGUGACAAUGCGGCAAUGCCAGUUAUUGUUAUCUCUCUUUCAAACAUUAAUUUGAUGAAUACUUGUUUUUAUUGGCUGUUUCAUACCACCUAGAUCUGGGUAGUGCUUUUACAAAUUGGUCAUGCUGUGAGGAAAAUUUGUUUUAACCAAUCAGAAGCAUUACCCAGAUCUUAGUAGUGACACAUCAUCAAUAUAUGGAAUUUCCGGGUUCCUUCCUCAGACAUCAUUUCAUGGGGAAAGCUGUGUCAGGUUUUUUCUCAGGCUACAAGUAUGUUUGCUGUGUCUGCUACCCAGCCUUGACUGGGACUGCUUGCACUCAACAUUUUUUUUCUAUUUUUACUCUUUUUGUCAGGGAGGAGGUUAAAGAAAUGAUGAAUAAAAGGAAGACAGGAUCAGAGACAUUGGCUGCAUUUGAAGAGCAUUUAAACGAGGUGACUUUCAGUAACCUGGGAAAACAAGCAACAUUUUGCGACACUUUCAUCAGUUCCCCUGCCAAAUGAUGUCUGGGGAUGGAAUUUCUGUGCUUGUUCCUCAGACAUCAUUUCAUGGGGAAACUGUUGGUGGCUUUGCAAAAUGUUGGCUGUUUUUUUUUUUUUUCGGACAGGCUUUUAGUGGCUACUGGGCUUGAAAAAAACUUGUUUCACCUUAUCCAUCUGGCAAGCAGCUCUUAAAUUUUCCUCAUCCAGAGCAGUUGCCUAUUUUCUUGAACACUUUUUGUGUGUAUGUGGAUGACUUUCCAGGCCCCUUGCUCGUUGUAUGGACAAGGGAGCCUUAGAACUUACUUUCUCCGAAGUAAAAUUUUUUUUUGUCAGUUGGAUGAAACUGUUUUCAAGCUGUGCAUCUGUUUUCAAUAAACCAGUCCUAUGAAUAUUCUAGUAUUGUACAGGCCAAGAGUACUAUCAAAAAGUAGUAGGCAGGUUUCUUCACACUGUGAGAAAUUUGCCUUUUUUGUGCAAGGAUAAUGCACCCAAUGCUGAUAUUCAUAUGACAUCUCAAAAUUUCAAAUAAUUUUGUUAAUUUUCAAACCCAGUUUUUGGGACAAGAAAAUUAUUUGUAGAUGUCUUCAACUGUACAAAGACAAUAUUUACAGUGCAAAUUUGAACAGUAAAAUAGAUCUAUAAUAGUCCAGUUUCGAAUUAAAAAUUACCGCUGAAUACAAACAUUAACGACACAUUCAUACAGGGCUAGCCUCGACAAAAAGUAAACUAUUCAGAUAUUCUGACAAGUAAGUGUUCGAAGUUUGAAUAUACACAAUAGACAGAGAGAUAAACAGGUAUUUUUCUCGUUGGAAUUUGUGAAUAUAUUACUUCAGAUGGAGGCUAAGGCUGUAAAAAAUGCGUCUUCACUUUAAUCCAGCAGUCAUAGCGAACUCAAAAAUGGACUAUUUGUUAGUUUGUCUAAACAAUGGCAAUUCCUAUGAAGGUUGAGAUGACCUGUUAGUUUAGUAAGGACUUGAAACAAUUUCAUGUAAGCUGUUUUUACAGCCUGUUGUUUAUUAUUACUCCACAGAAAUUUAAAAAUGAAUUAAAGAAAAACAGAGAGAAGAUACUGGGUGAUGCAGAAAGCUCAUCAAAAACAAAGAAAAAAGAGGUACAUAUUUUUUUAAUUUAGCUGUCACAGGUUUCCACAUACUCCUCUUGUUUCAAUUAUAUGUUCCGAAUGAAUGUUCUAACUACAGCUGUAUGAAAUUCCACCGUGUUUCAGACCAUUUUUAUGUGUUUUCUUGAUGAUUAUGUUUUAAGCAUAACCUAUUGUAUUUUUACAUUUUUUUAGAAAAAGAAAUCUAGUAAGCACCGAAAAAAAAGGGUGAGUUAUUGUUCCUGACUGUAUAAUAAAUAUUAUAUUAGUUUUAUAAAAUGCAUCAAAUUGCAUUACAUGAAAAAAAAGUAAAAUUUUUGUUUCUUUAUAUAUCUUGAAUUUUUUUGCGGACAGUAAAAGAAGGGCAAAAAUGUAUUUUGUAACCAUCAUCAUGACUCACGUUAUUGUAAGUACCGUAAAAUUCCGAAAAUAAGCCCCUCCAUGUAUAAGCCCCUCCAAAAUUUUAAUAUAAGUCCCCCAAACUCGUAACACAAAAACCCCUCUGUUAAAUCGCCCCUCCAAAUAUAAGCCCACCGGGGGGCUUGUACUUGGAAAUGCCCUCAAAUACAAAGUAAAACAAAGAAAAACGGUAAUUUCCUUCCAAGAAUAAGGUUAGCUUAAUUGAUUUUGAAAUGCAAAUUUCCCUCCGUACAUAAGCCCCUUCGAAUAUAAGCCCCUCUGAAUAUAAGCCCCUCAAAAAGGGCCUUUGAAAAAUAUAAGCCCUGGGGCUUAUUUUUGGAAUUUUACAGUACUUAUAUGGAAGAGAUGUAUACUAUAAUAAUAUUAGACAAAAGACAGCUUUGGAAAAACAGGUCAAAUAUUUUUCUUUUCUGUUUAUUUUUUAUGUCAUUAAAAAUUUUUCUGAGGAAAUGGCACGAAUUACUAGUGAGCUAAUUAGGAGGUUCUGCUUGUUUUCUUUCAAGCGCCGUUCUUCAUCGCCAUCGUCAACAUCAACUUCUGAUAACAGUGAAUCAGAAGAAGAAAAGAAGGUAGGCACUUGACCAAACUGGCUUGUUAGGAUAAAAUUGCGACAAGUGACCACUUGGCCUUGAAACAGUGUGAUAAGACUACUCAGGGCUCAAAAUUGUGACUGAUACAGUCGUCAAUGCGACUAAAAAUUCUGGUUUAGUCGCCACUUUGGCAACCAGAUUUCUCUAUGAUUUAGAUUUAAAUUAAAAGAGUAAAGUUAAAACAAACAUUUCAUCUUUUCUUGCUUUGCUUUUGUCAUAGAAAUGUGCCAAAUCACAUAAACAAAGCCAGUUUGCGUGUACCUCCAAAUUUAUACCAACCUCUGUCCGUGAUAUUUUCAAACAAUCAAAUCUGAAGGAUCGUGCCAUACUAUAAGCUGCAUCUUUUACAUUAUACAAACUGGCAACUAAAAAUUUACAUCUGGCGACUAUAUUUUUCCAGUUGGUCGCGAAAAGGUGACCUGAGGAUUUUUUUAAUUUCGAGCCCUGCUACUGUAAAGGAAAUGGAAACUAAAGACAUAAAGAUGGGAUGAAUACCAACAGGGCCAUAUUAAAAAUUGUUAGUUUAGUGAUUUUUCAGCUCUUCAGUGUAUAGUGCAGUGCAAAUUUAACUUAUUCCAUCAGAAACGCAACAGUAACAUGAUUACCGGUAGGCUUUUUAAUGAUAAAAAUUAAUGUGACCUGUUCGUUGCACCAAGUCAAAUCAAAUUGCUGUAGUGUUGACCAGUGUUCAAGUUCAAGUUUUUACCAAUUAGACAAAAAGAAAAGCUAAUGGGAUGGCAUCUGAGUGGAGUUCCAAGAACCAGAAUUGGAGUUAUCCGAGUAAAAAUGACUGAAAAGUCGGGUGAAAUCCAGGGGAAGUUGGACUUAGUUCAAGUUAGCGGGGAGUUCAAGUUAUCUGAGUUUGAGUUAUUGGGGUUCUGUAUUUAUGUAUUGACUUUAGCUUUUGAUUUACUCGCUUUUCUUGUGUACCUUCAAUAUUCCGCUGGAAAUCCAAUGUUUGAAUUUGCUUAUUAAUAAUUUCCCAUUCAGCUAUGCAGUUAUCAACAGAAAUAUAUAAUUCUUUAGUAGUCUCUUCUAGUAAUGUCAAUAAUAUAAUUUUGUAAUAAAUCAGAAAUUUAAAGGACAUAGGUGUGCUUCCUUGAAAGAUGCUCAAGUUUAACCCAGGUUUAAGCAAAAUUUUAUGCAAAGUUUUGUUGUGCGGAAUAAUUAUGUCAUUGUAGCUUAUUGGGUGUUGCUGUUCCUUCACUCUGUGAUCUAGUCAUGGUAAUGCAAACUUUUAAUCUAUAUAUUUUAAGCUAUCUAUAGGAAGGUAAACAAUAACAUGGAUUAAAAUUUUAAUCCUGGAUUAGCACUAAGUCGGCCUUUCAAGAACCAGGCCUUGAUCAUCUGAUCUCUUGAUCCUUUAACAUCUUCUCUAACUGCUCUACACCAUUUCAUUAUAGAAAAGAAGAAAGAGCAAAAAGAGAAAGAAGCGAAAACGUACUGAGGCUGACAGAGAUGCAGAAGAACCAAAGAUUAAAAAGAGAAAGAAGAAGCACAGAGAUGAUGAUGAACUGUCCUCAUCUUAACGCAGGU